AUGUCGGCGGCCGUUAAACGUGGUCACAGGGAUGACCUGUCAGAUGUCGCUCCAGUGGCCAAGAAAGCUCGGGAACCGGAAACCGCCGAGCAGCGCGUUCUCGAGAUAAUUAAAUGCUCCGGCAACAAGGGAGUAUCCGAUGAGGAUCUCAUCCGGGCCUGUCCCGUGCUGACGAUCGAGGAACGCGUAGACGUGGUUAACAAGCUGAUCACGUCCAAUGCGAUCACACUGCACAAGGUAAAGGACACGCUUAGGUACAAAUAUAAAGGGCCGACAGCAUCUUCCCCCGGGGACGCCAACACCGAGGAACUGGUCGUGUUCAAUCUGAUACGUGACUCUGGCCGAAAAGGUAUAUGGAUCCGGGAUGUGCGCAUCAAGUCCAACCUGGGUCUGCCGCGACUCAAGAAGAUCCUCAAGUCACUGGAGACGAAAAAAGCAAUCAAGGCCGUCAAGUCUGUGGCAGCCGCCAGAAAAAUCGUGUACAUGUUGUUCGACCUGGAACCGGACAGCUCUAUUACAGGCGGCGCGUGGUACUCUAAUCAAGAAUUUGAGUCAGAGUUCAUCGAGAUACUCACCAAACACAGUUACAAGUUCUUGGAAGCGAAAAAGUCAAAAGCCCUAAAGAACACUACUAUACGCAGUCCGUUAGUCAAGUAUAAUACGUCGUACGCGACUGCCGACAGGGUACUGGAAUUCAUAUCGAAAACUGGCAUCAGCAAAGUGAGACUCACCGUAGAGGACAUAAUAUCCAUACUCGACCUAUUGGUUUAUGACGGUUUGGCAGCAAAGCGUGUUAACUCCGAAGGAAAAUUAGAGUACCGUUCCACUAAAACUUUAUUGAGCAGAAACGCUGUGAGUUUUUUGCCUUGCGGCAGCUGUCCUGUCAUAAAACGAUGUUCCGAUGCUAAUCAAUUAAAUUGUCUAAACUGUAAGCAUAUGAAAACUUGGACUACAAUUUGA